GCGUGCGUGUGUGUGUGUGUGUGUGUGCGUGUUAGAGAUUAGAGAUCUCUGCUCACUGCUCUGGUCUCAGAGCCUCUUCUGCGUCAGUGCUCAGAGAAACGCACAGAUUCAGAAGUGAAUCAACACUGAACACACUCAGGUCAGCGGCGUUCGGAGCAGAAAGGAGCGUCUGCGACGUGUUAACCUCGAACUGAAAGAAUGAACGAGCGAGUCCGGGUGAAAUGGACCGUCAUCGCGUGCGUUCUCGUACGUCUCCACACGUGUCUCGGGCAGAAAAAGUGCAUCGGAGUGGACUGUCCACGUCUGGACAGCUGCAUUGAGGAGGUCCUGGAGAGCGGAGCGUGCUGUGCCACGUGUUUACAGCGAGGGUGCACGUGUGAAGGGUAUCAGUAUUAUGACUGCAUCAGCGCCGGGUUUAAAAACGGGAAGGUUCCUGAAGGAAAGUCGUACCUGGUGGACUCGGGCAGUACGGAGUGUUCGUGUCCGGCGGGCGGAGGAAGGAUAAGUUGUCGCUUCAUCCUGUGUCCUGACGUUGCUCCUCACUGCAUCGAGAUGUCCGACUCCACCGAGGCGUGUCCUCACUGCCUGCGCCUCGGCUGCGUCUACGGAAACCAGAAAUACGAAGCGGGUCACUCGUUCAAAAUGGAUCUGUGUCAGGUCUGUCACUGUCCCAACGACGGUGGUGACCUCAUGUGCUCGGUCAUUCCUGAUUGCUCCUCAGAAACGGACAAGAACCCUGAUGUAAAGGAGAAUGACCUUCAGAUCUCCAAACAUGACAAUCCCGGAGAUUUCCCCAGCGAAGAUAACGAAUCUCCCAGUAACUCGGUCCCGAUUUACACCGGCAGCACGUCGGAGAUUGAAGAGACUGAAGACUACGACUAUUUCCCAGAAGCAACCGCAACUCCAGAUGCUUCCGUGCCGUCUCCUGGAGCUCCUCAAGGUCAAAAUCCACACGAUGUCCUACGUGAAGACACCAGGAAGGAGCUUAGAGAGACACUGGGCACGUAUGACGCCGAAUCUAGAGAAGAAGGAACCGAGGACUCGCUAAACAUUACUACUAUUAAGACAGAUUCAGGAUCUUCUGAAAUCUUAUCAUCUCAGACGGAAACCGCCGUCAGACAGACCCAGGUUCCUCCGAGAGAAACCACACCCGGUAACACAUUUGGUAUCAGGAGAACCGAGAAAAACCCUGACGAUCACCGGAACCUUCAUCACACGAUCCCGAAAGUCAACACUGUCCCUAACCCGCAGUUCAUCUCCACCACCUCACCACCAGUGAACGUGAGGGAACAUGAAGCUGGCAGGCGGCCUCAAACGCUGGGCAGAUACCAGCAGGAGAGAAACGACCUCCAUCUAACGUCCGACAACCAGAGAGUCACUUCCAGGGAGCUUAGCAUGUGCUGUGUAGCUGGUGAGAAUUGGGCCUCUGCUCACGGCCACUGCAACAACAUGGUUCCCGUGACGUCGGAACCGGGUUCUACCUGCUGGUCGGUUCAGAGGCAGUGCUGUUCGAGUUCACUGAGAGAGACCCGGUGUUUGUCUGGAACGAACACAGCGAGACGGGGGCGUGACUGUGGAGCUGACGACGCGGAUGUCUGCGACUCGUACACGGAGUGCUGUAAGUGUUGUGCACUGGGUCUGCGUCUACGAGCACAGCGAGAGUCAUGUGACCCUCCACAAGCUUUGGGUGAAACCUGUAGCCACGCCCUCCUGACCUGCUGUGAGGGGACGGGCACGGCCAAUCACAGCACAGUCAGGGAGAGGACACACCCCCGAACCACCAGCCCACCCAGGAGAGUUUCUGAAGGUGCAGAGCAGCAGGCGUUUUCUCUGGAAGAGGUGGAGGACACGGAGAACAUGGUGGAGAAGGUGGAGGGUCUGGAGGAUGUGGAUGAGUGCCGUGUGUACGCCGGGCAGCUGUGUCAUCAUCAGUGUGUCAACACGCAGGGGUCGUACGUGUGUGUGUGUUUCCCUGGAUUCAUCCUGCAGCCGGACGGGAUCCAGUGCCUGCAACAAGUGACGGCUGAUGAUGAAAGCGGACUGAAAGAAGACGACGUGUCCGGGUCCAGUCUGAGACCAGCGGAGAACACCACCACUCCACCUCCUGACCUGCCAGAUCCCUGUGAAGGAAACGGCCACUGUACUCAGCACUGCCACCCGGUGGAGGGUCGAGCUCACUGCUCCUGUUUACCAGGAUUCUCUCUGAUGCCUGAUGGAAGCUCAUGUGAAGAUGUAGACGAGUGUUUUCUCUCCACACACGCGUGUCAGCUGAAUGAGAGGUGUGUUAACACUGUGGGAAGUUUUACGUGUCUGCAGCAGAUUGUUUGUCCGUCUGGAUAUCAGCUGAGGAACGACUUGUGUGAAGAUGUUAACGAGUGCACACUGGGAGCUCACAGCUGCGGCCCAGGCUUCGACUGCAUCAACACAGCCGGCUCGUUCAGCUGCAGAACCAGACCCAGGUGUCCGGGAGGAUUUACUCACGACCCACGGGGCCAGUGUGUGGACAUUGAUGAGUGUAGGACAGUAACACAGCCCUGCAGUCCCGGGUUUAACUGCGUCAACACGAUCGGUUCGUACACCUGCCAGCAUAAGAUCAUCCUUUGUGGCAGAGGCUAUCACUCCAGUCCUGACGGCACCAGGUGUAUCGAUACUGACGAGUGUGAAACCGGAGUCCAUCGUUGCGGAGAAGGUCAGAUUUGUCAUAAUCUCCCCGGAACAUACCGCUGUGACUGCCAUCCAGGCUACCAGUACGACACGUACAGGAGGAUGUGUGUAGAUGUGAAUGAAUGCUGGCGUUACUCGGGUAGGCUGUGUGCUCAGACGUGUGAGAACACUCCUGGCUCGUAUCGGUGCUCCUGCACUUCAGGAUUCACUUUAUCCAGCGAUGGCAAGAGCUGUGAAGAUGUGAAUGAGUGUUUGAGCAGUCCGUGUAGUCACGAGUGUGUGAACAUCUACGGCUCGUACCAGUGUUACUGCAGACAGGGCUACUACCUGCGUGAGGACGCACACACCUGUGAAGAUACUGAUGAAUGUUCUCAGAGCAUCGGUCAUCUCUGUGCCUACAAGUGUGUGAACGUCCCAGGAAGUUACGACUGUGCCUGUCCUGAACACGGAUACAGCAUGGCUCCGAACCGACGCUCCUGUCACGACAUAGACGAGUGCGCAGUCGGAGCUCAUAACUGUACAGCAAAGGAAACAUGCUACAACAUUCACGGCGGAUUUCGCUGUCUGUCCUUCAGCUGUCCAACCAACUACCGCCGAGCUUCUGACACACGGUGUGAGCGAAUCAGCUGCUCGAACUUCGUGGCGUGCCAGAACUCGCCGGUGAGAAUCACCUACUACCAGCUCAGCUUCCAGAUUAACAUCAUCGUCCCGGCGCUCAUCUUCCGCAUGGGUCCGUCUCCCGCCUACACCGGCGACAACGUCAUCAUCAGCAUCAGCAGCGGCAACGAGGACGGCUACUUCAGCCCCAGGAAGCUGAACGCGUACACCGGCGCCAUCUACCUGCAGCGCCAGCUCCCGCAUCCACGUGACUUCCUGCUCGACGUGGAAAUGAAGCUGUGGAGGCAGGGCACCUUCACCACCUUCCUCGCCCGGAUCUACAUCUUCAUCACGGCUAACGUCGUCUGACGCCGGACUUGUCCUCCGCUUACACUCCCGACAUUCACAAUUCACAUCAAUCGUCCAUGAUUUACACUGUGUUCAUUAUUAUUAUUAUUACUAUAAACCUCAAAACACUGAUUAUAUUGUUAUUAGGUUGUUAUUAGGUCUGUUAAAACACAUAAAACGUUAAAUUUAAACUAUACUGAAGUUAUAAACUCACAAAUAGUCCCUUAGUGAAGUUCACCUGUGCAUAAACUACAUCCGUUUUUCAAGAAAUUGAGUUUCAGGACACUGCAUUAACAUUUGAUCCUUUAUGUUAUAAAGCACACUGAUUGUUCUGUUAGAAGAAACCGUAUGCAAAUGAUCGUUUUUGAAUUGCAAAUUCAGUCAAAUUUCGUGAAUUAAGUUACCUCGAGUAUAUUACAGCUACUGUACACAUUCACACGUGCAGUACGUCAUUAAAAAUGUUCAGGACGCCAUUACGAUUGGCAAUUUAUGCAAUUACACCGUUCACGCUGCGUUCACAAAUCGCACAUUAUCACCGAUUAAGUGGGCAGGGCCAAGUGUAUCACUGCGAAGACCGGAGAGGGCGGAGCUAAAGGGUUUUUUUUUGUUGAAAGUGAUUACAUAAAUGUGUAAUCAAAACUGCGAGCCUCAUAAGUACGGCUGUGAAACCUAAUUUGCAUAAUUCCAACCUUCUGAAUGACAGUACACCCCCUACAACCUUCAUACUGCGGUGACGCUUCCAACUCACAUCAUCACAACAAUCACAACUCGCUGCUGUAAUGUGUUCGGCUCACACCACAGAAAGGGUCUUAUUUAUUUAAAAAAUAACACAGCUUACUUUUGAUCUGUUUCUUGUUACAGUUCAUGUUGUGGAACGUCCAACAAACUAGUUCCUGUUCUCACUUACGGUAUAGCAGCUAUAAACACUCGCUCCCUCACCAUCUCUCUCUCUAUUCUCUCUCUCUAUUCCCUCUCUCUAUUCUCUCUCUAUUCUCUCUCUAUUCCCUCUCUUUAUUCUCUCUCUAUUCUCUCUCUUUAUUCCCUCUCUCUAUUCCCUCUCUCUAUUCCCUCUCUCUAUUCUCUCUCUCUAUUCUCUCUCUUUAUUCCCUCUCUCUAUUCCCUCUCUCUAUUCUCUCUCUUUAUUCUCUCUCUCUAUUCUCUCUCUCUAUUCCCUCUCUCUAUUCCCUCUCUCUAUAUCUCUCUGUAUCAACCAUUAUUGAAUCUGUUUAUUAUCAGUGGAGCGUGAGCUGUUGCUAUAGAAACGGUAAUGUAUCAGAACGAGUGCAUUAACAUAAACCUGCGCUACUGUCAGAGCCGCUGUUAUAGAGAACUACUCCCCACCUGACGACCAAUCAGGAUCCAGAACUCAGCAGCGCCGUGGUGUGAGCUAUAACGAGCUUCUACACUUAUAUAUUGUUUUCUACUCCUAACUUAAAGCCUCGAUAAACGACAGCUCGAAUAAAUUACCGGAAAUGUAGCAGUACACAUCUAAGUGUUAUGGAAUAAAUAAAUGCGAUAACUUUUUUUACUUUCGUCUAAAUGUAAACUGGAUGUAUAAACUUUUCAAGUAUUUCAGUAUUUUUAAAAUUCUGUUGCAUUUAAUACUAAAACAGAAAUAAACAUUUUAAAGUAAUGCAGUG